AUGGGAAGGUCUCCUUGCUGUGAGAAAGCUCAUACCAACAAAGGAGCAUGGACCAAAGAAGAAGAUGAUCGGCUCAUCGCAUAUAUCCGAGCUCAUGGUGAAGGCUGCUGGCGGUCACUUCCGAAGGCCGCCGGCCUUCUCCGGUGCGGCAAGAGUUGUCGGCUCCGAUGGAUUAACUACUUGAGGCCUGACCUCAAACGUGGGAAUUUUACAGAAGAAGAAGAUGAACUCAUAAUCAAACUGCAUAGUCUCCUUGGUAACAAGUGGUCUCUAAUAGCUGGAAGAUUACCAGGAAGAACAGACAAUGAGAUAAAGAAUUAUUGGAACACCCACAUAAGAAGAAAGCUUCUUAGCCGUGGCAUCGAUCCAUCGACUCACCGGCCAAUCAACGAGCCUGCGCAGGAAGUGACAACCAUAUCUUUUUCAAGUGCUGCUGUUAAAGUAGAAGAGAAAAUAACUAGUGGUUUUGUAAUCAAAGAAGAGAAGAGCCCGGUUCGCGAACGGUGUCCGGACUUGAACCUUGAUCUGAGAAUUAGUCCUCCUUAUCACCACCAAUCUGAGCCAUUGAAGACCGGAGGGAGGACUAGCAGUAUAUGUUUUGCUUGCAGUUUGGGAAUACAAAAUAGUAAAGACUGCAAUUGUAGCAAUGGUACAAGUAGCAGUGGCACUGGUUAUGAUUUCUUAGGGUUGAAAAAUGGUGUUUUAGAUUACAGAAGCUUGGAGAUGAAAUGAAAUUGAAUGGGACUAUGGAUCAAAGAAAGAUCGAGAUCUUUUUCAAUACAUUUUCUCUCUGUUUUCCUUCUUGAAUUUACAUAUAAGUGCGUUCCACACUUGUUAAUUUGGUAGAUGAUUUGUCAAGAAAUGAAAAUGGAAGAAAAAUAAUAUUUGAGAAGAUCCAGAUCCGAAAGAAUAGGGAAAGAGGAUAGAGGAGAGAGGAGAGAAAUGUGAAAAUGAAGUGGUAUUAGCUUAAAGCCUCUACGAGUUUCUUCUCCUAUUUGUAAAACUAUAAGUGCAUAGCAAUAUAGUGCCAGUACAGAUGACCAUUUUGGUUGUUCAUUUUGCAAAUUUUGUGAAUGUUUCUGAUCAAUCAGAGCCUAUUGUUGUUUUGUUUGCUUUGUCUGU